GCUGCUCAUUCAUCUCUUCAUCAUUCAUCACCCUCUGAAUAGUCUCCUCCUGGCAGUGGCUCAGGAAUAAUCCUGUUUGGCUACAUGACACCACAAAAAUCUCACAUAAAUGACUUCGUAUUGUCCUGUAGCAAAGUGUUGGAGCAGCAUUGGUCUUUGAUAGCAGAUGGAGAUAUCAGAAAACUGCUCCUACCAUCAUGUUACAUCUGUGCGCCACAAUGAGCCCCAGUUAAAGGGCAUUGUGACCAGGCUUUCCAGUCGUCAGGGCUUCCAGCUGCAGAUGCAGCCUGAUGGCACCAUUGAUGGAACCAAGGAUGAAGACAGCACCUAUGCUGUGUUCAACCUGAUCCCAGUGGGGCUUCGUGUGGUGGCCAUCCAGGGCGUCCAGACCAAACUCUAUUUGGCCAUGAACAACGAAGGCUUUCUCUACACCUCUGAACAUUUUACCCCGGAGUGUAAGUUCAAGGAGUCGGUGUUUGAGAACUACUAUGUCACCUACUCCUCCAUGCUGUACCGGCAGCAGGCCUCAGGUCGGGCCUGGUACCUGGGACUCAACAAGGAGGGUGGAAUCAUGAAGGGGAACCACGUCAAGAAGAACAAGGCAGCCGCACACUUCAUACCCAAACCGCUCAAAGUGGCCAUGUAUAGGGAGCCCUCCCUCCAUGACCUGACAGAACUCUCACGGUCAGGCAGCGGUACGCCAACCAAGAGUCGCAGCGCUUCGGCCCUACUAAAUGGCGGAGGGAAGUCGCCCAGCAACAAUGACUUAUCCUAGCCCCCCACCCCUCACACCUCACAUACAUACAAACACAAACACAAACACAAACACACACACACACACACAGAUCUCAGGCCGACAUGCCCACACAACAGGCUGGCGAGUGGUAGGAGGAGGCAAGGACAAAAUGAAGGAGGACAGGAAUGUGUUCUUCCACUUAACGGAGCCCACUGUGACUGACUGUGAUGUAAAUAAAUCAAGGACAAUCAAUCCAUCUGGCUCUGCUGUUCUGGUCUGCAGAGGGACAGGAUCUGUGAAUCUCUUCCCUUGACUACUCUUUCUGCUAUAUUAUAACUAGAGAGAUCAAGGGAGGAGAGAGAGAGAGAGAGAGAGAGAGAGAGAGAGAGAGAGAGAGAGAGAGAGAAAAGGAUGGAGAGAGUCAGUCAGUCAGUCACAAUGUCAGAUAAACAGACUGUUACAGAGAACCAAAGAGUCAAAGUGUUAACUAACUAUGUUAUUGCAGUGAAGAAGGAAAGUGGCUUGGAAGUUCCAGGGUGACAAAGGAAGGAAGUCUUUAUCUAUUCUACCGUACGCUAUGUUUACACAGAGCUCUUGGGGUUAAGUCAUAUUUUUAAAAAUAAUGAACGUAUUCCUUGUACACCUUGUGUAUGAGGACUGAUCAUUUGUUUGCAUGCAGGUGCGCCUGUGUGUGUGUGUGUGUGUGUGUGAGUGAGUGGCAAAGUAUAUGCUGUGCUUGAAGUAGGUGU